AUGUCAUCAUACAAACCUUCACCCUCACGUCGCCUAGACACUCUCAGUGGUGAUUCCUCAGGCUUAUCAAGCACCUUCUCCUCCCUUGAACGAGAUGAGCGGCUUGAUAUCAGGACUGGUCUUCCUACACUCCCCUCUGAACUGCUUCCCUCAGCCACUCCUGCCUCGCUAGCUCCUUUUAUUGCCCAACAUUUCAUUCCUCCUCCUCCGAAUUUGUUGCCAAUUGGUGAAAUUCAAGUCAACGACAACUGGUAUGAUAUCCUGGAGGUUUUAUUUUCGAGUCAUGGCCUGGUUGGUCGUGGCACCGUUUGCUACUUGGCUAGAAAAGAUGACGAAGAGUACAUCAUCAAGGACCACUGGGUCCUUGGGAAUGCAGACGAUGAAGAUAUCUUAAAUGAGGUUGCUAUGUUGAAGAAGAUGCAGGGUGUCCGUGGCAUCCCAGAACUUGUAGAAUUCAGCAAGGUUAAGCUGUCGACUGGUGAGGUCGACAACACGAAGAUUUACCGAUAUCAAGAGCUACCCAGCUUAGUCGGCACUUGGUGCACUCAUUUUCAGCUCGUCAUGAAGCCCUGGGGGCGACCUUUGCAUAAAUUUCGAACAAAGGUGGAAUUUAUUCAAGCUAUACGCGACAUUGUGGCCAGUAAGCAUCCCUCCUUCAUGAUAUACAUGUUGAUACUAACCGGCGAUUGUUCUCCCAGUUCAACAGGAAGCGCAUUGACAGGGUAUCUUGCAUCAUGA